AUGGAUGUCAACAAUGCAUUCCUCCAUGGAGAACUAGAUGAGGAGGUUUAUAUGCAAAUUCCACUUGGCUUUGAGAAAAAAAAGAAUAAGGGCCAGAUGAACAUAAUAGUGGGAAGUGCAAAUCUGAACCUGAUACAACAGAUCAAGUUGCAGCUAAAUGACAACUUUCAGAUAAAAGAUCUUGGACCCUUAAAGUACUUCCUAGGAUUAGAAGUAGUAGCUAGGCAGAGAAAAGGGAUUGCCAUAUCUCAAAUGAAGUAUGCACUUGAGCUGUUAACAGAUACAGGUUUUGAGAAUGCUAAACCAGUUCACAGUCCCACUUCUCCAUCACACAAGCUCAGCAAAAAUGAAGGAACUCUGCUGGAUGAUAAUACUCAUUACAGGAGAUUAGUAGGGAAACUCCUAUACAUAACUAUCGCCAGACCUGACAUAAAUUUUGCCACACAACUUUCUCAGUUCCUGGACACUCCUACUGAUUUACAUCUAUAA